CAGUAUCGCAACAUUGUUUUGGUGCGGUUUCGUUUCUCUCUGCGGAAAGCCGCUUAGCAAAAGCUAUUUGUCAGUGUUUUUGGCAAUAAUUUUUAUGCAAAUAAUCAUACGUGGCCUUUUUGAAACAAUGUGUUUUAAUUGUUGUUUUAAUUGUAAAAUUAAGUGAAAUUUAUAAGUGAAUGCAAUGUCCGUUCCACCUCCAUUGGUGUUUUUAUGUUUUUCUCUAGGAUUUUUAAUUCGUUUAGUAUUUUUGAAAUCAGCUUUUCUAACCAAUGCUCUUGCCUCUCGAGUUGAAAUAUCAACACCAUUAACAUCCUGGAAAAGAGCUGUUGAAGGAGUAAGUUUAUUGAAACAUGGAACAGAUCCUUAUGAUAGUGAUAUCUUUCAUGAGAGUCCGUUGGCAUUGAUUAUUUAUGAUUAUCUUUUAAGCUAUCCUGAGGAAUGGAUUCCAGUAAUUUUUGCAUUAUGUGAUGUAAUUACUGCUGUAGUGCUGUCAUUCACUUCUAAAAUUUAUCUGGAUGAAUCUAGUAUAAAAGAGAAAGAAUUAUCAAGCGUUCCACCAAGUGCUAAGUCGCUUCUUUUAACACCUGAGGAUGUGAAAUGGGUGCCUUUUUAUGUAGCAUUUGUGUACCUGCUAUGUCCAUAUUCAGUAGUUUCUUGUGGUGGAAAGUCUACUGUGACCUUCUCAAAUUUGAUUUUAGCUUUCUUUAUAUUGUCUACGGUUGCUGGUAAAUGGCUUUCUGCAUCUCUCUUAUUGUCUGUAUUGUCUUACCAUUCAUUUUAUCACAUAAGUCUUCUAGUUCCAUUAAUUAUGUACAUACAUCAGAAAAAUUCUGGGAAAAAGAAAGUCCUUCAUAUUACAAAACUUCUAACUGUAGUAGUUGUAUAUUUUCUAGCUACAAUUAUAUUAAUUAUGACAUCACACAAAUUAAUAGGAUCAUGGCAUUUCUUACAGUCAACUUAUGGUUGCAUACUGUCAGUUCCAGACCUGACACCAAACAUAGGUUUAUUUUGGUACUUUUUCACUGAAAUGUUUGAACAUUUUAGAAUUUUUUUCUUAUGGACAUUCCAGUUGAAUGUUUUUGUUUAUACUGCACCAUUAGCCAUUCGCUUAAGGAAGGAACCAAUUUUCUUGUUAUUUAUUCAACUCAUUAUCAUUACUAUUUUCAAAUCAUAUCCAUGUAUUGGGGAUGUUGCAUUCUAUUUCUCUUUAUUGCCUAUGUGGAGUCAUCUCUUUCAUUUUAUGCGACAAAGGUUUAUUGUUUCUUGCGUUUUGGCUAGUUGCACUCUAUUAGCACCAACUUUAUGGCAUUUGUGGAUUUAUUCUGGAAGUGCUAAUGCAAAUUUUUAUUUUGCAAUAACCUUAGCUUUUAAUACUGGUCAAGUUUUUCUACUUACAGACAUACUGUCAGCAUUCAUAAAACGGGAAUAUUAUUUAGAAAAUGGGGUCAAAUAUGAAGAUGGAACCUUAGUAUUAUUAAGAUUGCAAUGAUGUUACGGAAUAUCUAGUAGACAACAAAGACAGAUGAACAAAGCUAUUUAAUUAUAAGAUAAUUGAAGUCAUUAAAAUUUUUUCAUGAAAUAUCAGUUAUUUCAGAAGUGUAAAAUGCAUUGAGUAUGACUUCAAAUUAUAAAAACGAUAAUUUGUAAUAUAUUUUAAUUAUUAUUGUUUAGAUUUGUAUUCAAGUAAAAUUUCUUUUCAUCAGCAAA